ACUUUUCACCCUGCUGGUUUUCUGGCCUCCGGCAGUGGGAGCGUCUUCUGUCUGACUGUCGACCGUCUGUCUCCUCUCCUCUGCGGCUCUGUCCGUCGGUCCUGUUCGCUGCCACGCCGUCUGUUUCUUCCUCCGCUGAAGCAAAACUCUACCGACUUCAACAUGUAUCUUGCAAAGAAUCUAAUCGGUGGCCUCAUUAACGUUGCGGGCAACAUCGACCCAUCUCAGUUUGUUCCUUCACACCCGCCUCCUCCUCGCAGACCUCUGAACUUCAGUGCGGGUCGUGAGAGCGACGAGGAGAAGCAGUUUCGGAAGAUUUUCCAACAGCUUGCUGGAGAUGACUUGGAGGUGAGCCCAAAAGAGCUGAUGGACAUUCUCAACAAAAUCAUUUCCAAACAUGCAGCCCUGAAGACGGACGGGUUCAGCAUCGAGUCCUGCAGGAGCAUGGUUGCUGUCAUGGAUUGCGACAGCACAGGAAAACUGGGCUUUGAUGAGUUCAAAUACCUCUGGAACAACAUCAAGAAAUGGCAGGCUAUCUAUAUAUCCCACGACACAGAUCGCUCAGGUGUGAUCGACUCUCAGGAGCUGCCACAGGCCUUCAAGGAUGCAGGUUUCCCUCUGAAUGACCAGCUCUAUAAGCUGAUCAUCCGUCGCUAUUGCGAUGAGCGCGGCGACAUGGACUUUGACAACUUCACUGGCUGCCUGGUGCGACUGGAUGCCAUGUGCAGAGCUUUUAAGACGCUGGAUAAAGACAACAGCGGCACCAUCGAGCUGGACAUCAAGGAGUGGCUGCAGCUGACCAUGUAUUCAUGAAGCAACGGACGGGAAGCCGCUCCACAGGAAGAAAAUGUCUUCUGGUGUUACAUGUCACGCCUUACUUCUUCUGAUUUGACUCUUUAUGCUUGUUUCUGCUCAUGGAUGCAAAUGGUAUCCGUGGUAACUGGACCACAAUGGCAGCUCAGAGUUGAAGCAAAGGGAAAAUUUGAAGUGGGACCAACGUGGAGCUGCUGCUGCACCGUCUUCCUCCUGCUGCCAGGUGGCGCUACAACAUCUCUGCUGCACAAAGUUUAAUAUUUUCAUGUUAAAAGGUUUUCAUUGGUAGAGAAUAUCUGUGAAAAUAAAUCUGAAUUAAAAGAAUAACGAGAAUCAA